AUGGAUUAUUUUUUAGGUUAAAAGGCAUAUACAAUCUCAAAAAGGUUGUGUUGAAAGAUGGCGGAGAUACGGGUUAAAUUUAACGUUGCCAUGGUUCUUGCUGUCGUGGCGGCUGAGAUUCUAAGCCUGGUGAUGUACACUCACUACUCCUCCUGGCACCAUUCCCUGGGGCACCGGAAUUUGAUUGCCGCCAUCAUAGCCGACUGUGUUCUUGUUUACAUUCUCAAAUUAAUCAAAGAGAAUUUCUGGGACCCCAAAGACUGGGAGGAUGCGGCUAUUUUAAGCAUGUGGCUAGCUUUGCUGUACCUUGGAUUCCAGAUGCCCCACGUGGUCCACAACACUUACAGUUUCACGCACUUCUUUUUUCACGUAGUACAUAAAUUUGCCAUCUCCUUUGUCAUGCUUUUCAUAAUGGAAAGAUUUAAACGAUAUUGAAUAAAAAAAAAUGAAA